AUGUCUCAGCAGGACACUCAUCAUGAAUCACCAGUUGGCAAGAAUGUUACUGCUACUAUCGCCUACCACAGUGGACCAGUUCCUCCAACCUCCCCAAUCGCCGGUGUCACUACGCUCGAAGACUGCACUCAGCAGCUCGUAGCAGUGAAUGACAUCCGUCCUUCUGUCUCUUCCUUCACCCUUGAUGGCAAUGGGUUCCAGGUGGUCAAACAUAUCUCGGCGGUCAGCUCUCCGCCGUACGAUCACUCGUCGUGGACAGACCCCGUCGUUCGCAAGGAAGUGUACGAUCCUGAGAUCAUCGAGUUGGCAAAGUCUGUCACCGGAGCGAAGAAGGUCAUGAUCCUCCUUGCUUCUUCACGAAAUGUCCCGUUUAAGGAGCCGGAGCUCGCUCCACCAUACCCCAUGCCUUCAAAGUCAAGUAAUGGCUGCAAUGGAGGGGAAACUGGCCCAGCUGUUCGACCCCAGCAUGAGCUUCCUACCACGAGGGCAAAGGGUUUCCAGAAAGGCGAAGAGGAAGGUCCAGUGCGCAAACCUCAUAAGGACUGGGGUCCAUCUGGCGCAUGGAACACUCUUCGGAACUGGAGCCAAGAGCUCAUUGACGAGGCUGGUGAUAUCAUCAAGGCAGGCGAUGUGGCUGCUGAGCUGCCAGGAGGUAGAGCAAAGAACUACCAAGGCAGACGAUGGGCCCUGUACACUACAUGGCGUCCAUUGAAACCUGUCAAGCGGGAUCCAAUGGCCUAUGUCGACUACUGGACAGCUGAUGAACAAGACGGCGUCAGCUUCUGGCGUAACCCACCAGGUGUUCAUGGGACGUUUGAGUCAGAUGUACUGCUGACCAAGGCUAAUCCCAAGCACAAGUGGUACUGGAUUAGUGACCAGACUCCAGAUGAGGUUCUUCUUAUGAAGAUCAUGGAUACCGAGAGUGAGAAGGACGGGAGUGAUGUCGCGGGAGGGGUUCACCAUUGUUCGUUUCAUCUGCCGGGCACUGAGGAUGAAGAAGUGAGGGAGAGCAUUGAGACCAAGUUCAUUGCAUUCUGGUAA